UGUCAAGGGGAAAAAAAAAAGGGGGAUUUGAUGCGUUUGCCUGUGGAUGCUCGGCAUCCUGAGGCAAGGUGCUGCGGGGGCUCUGUCGGGGGGCUCCCCUGAGGAUUGCGCCCAAGGUAGGGCGGUGGUAAAGGCAGCGCCGACUGCCUUCGCCUCCCACCCUCGACAUCCCCGAGGCGGCCACUGGCUGCCCCCCGAAGGACGGCGAGGGGGGUGCGAUCGUCGCCGCCCCGCCCCAGUCCCGCCCAUCACCGCCGCCACUUAAACGCCGCCGGGGGCUUCGCUCAGUCAGUGCUGUGCUGGGAGCUGGUGGUACCGUGCGCUUGCUGGUUAUCUCCCUCUCGCUUCAAAAUGACCGUGAAAGCCGCUGAAGCGUCUGGUCCUACCUUGACUUACUCGAAGAUGAGAGGGAUGGUGGCCAUCCUCAUCGCUUUCAUGAAGCAGAGAAGGAUGGGACUAAACGACUUCAUUCAGAAGAUAGCCACCAACUCCUAUGCAUGCAAGCACCCUGAAGUUCAGUCUAUCUUGAAAAUCUCUCAGCCUCAAGAGCCUGAACUUAUGAAUGCUAAUCCUUCUCCCCCGCCCAGUCCUUCACAGCAGAUUAAUCUUGGCCCAUCAUCCAAUCCACAUGCCAAACCAUCAGACUUUCAUUUCUUAAAAGUGAUUGGAAAAGGCAGUUUUGGGAAGGUCCUCCUUGCACGGCAUAAGGCAGAAGAGCAGUUCUAUGCUGUUAAAGUCCUGCAGAAAAAAGCAAUCCUGAAGAAGAAGGAGGAGAAGCACAUUAUGUCAGAGCGCAAUGUCUUGCUGAAAAAUGUGAAACACCCCUUCCUGGUCGGGCUUCACUUUUCCUUCCAAACUGCAGACAAAUUGUAUUUUGUCCUGGACUACAUCAAUGGUGGAGAGUUGUUCUACCAUCUCCAGAGGGAGCGUUGCUUCCUGGAGCCGAGAGCCCGAUUUUACGCUGCUGAAAUUGCCAGUGCACUGGGCUAUCUGCACUCCCUGAACAUCGUUUAUAGAGACUUGAAGCCGGAGAACAUCCUGCUUGAUUCACAGGGGCACAUUGUCUUGACUGACUUUGGACUCUGCAAAGAAAACAUAGAGCACAAUGGCACGACCUCCACCUUUUGCGGCACACCAGAGUAUCUUGCUCCUGAAGUUCUCCAUAAGCAGCCCUAUGACCGGACUGUGGACUGGUGGUGCCUUGGAGCAGUCCUGUACGAGAUGCUUUAUGGCUUGCCACCCUUCUACAGCAGGAACACCGCAGAAAUGUACGACAAUAUCUUGAACAAACCCUUGCAGCUGAAGCCAAAUAUUACCAACUCAGCUAGACAUCUCCUGGAAGGCCUCUUGCAGAAGGACAGGACAAAGAGACUCGGUGCCAAGGAGGACUUUAUGGAGAUUAAGAAUCACAUCUUCUUCUCCCCAAUUAACUGGGAUGAUCUCAUUAAUAAGAAGAUUACACCCCCUUUUAACCCAAAUGUGAGUGGCCCCAGUGACCUUCGACACUUUGAUCCGGAGUUUACAGAUGAGCCAGUCCCUAACUCCAUUGGCCAGUCCCCAGACAGCAUCCUCAUCACCGCCAGCGUCAAAGAAGCUGCUGAGGCUUUUUUGGGCUUCUCAUAUGCCCCACCCGUGGACUCUUUCUUGUGAACAUUUUUCUUUUAUUCUUUUUUAAUAAUAAUAACAACUAUUAUUUUUAUUUUUUGUUUGGCCUUCUGGUGGAACUGCCAGUUGACCCGUCACCUUGAAAGAGAAUUUGCACAUUUCCACCAUGGCAGCUUUGCAGCCUUAAUUUCAACUACACUGUUUGCUGGAAGCUUUUUUGAAGAGCACAUCACUCUCUAAAUGAGCUUUACAGGCUUUUCAUUUCCAUUUGUUCUUCCCCCAAAGUGGUGCUGUCUCCUUGGGAAAGAAAAAACAGAAUGACUGCUGCCAUUGACUGCUACGGCAGAUUGUAGGAGUAAGAACAAGCGGUUUUGUAAUCGUGCUUGAAAAGCCUUGCCUGAAGAUCUAUCUGAACGUGAUAAGGAUUUUAUGAAAUGUGCCUUUUUUCUGAUGAGAUCUUGUGAGCUCCAAAGCUUUCCCUGUUGCAGAGUGUGUUUCUCAGUUCAUUUAUGUGGGUUUACUAUGUGAACAAAUGGUAUGCGUGUGGUCUGCGUACUACAGAUGGACUUAGUUUAAAGCAUCAGUGUGACACUUGCAGGAUACCACAAUGUGGGGCAUUGUUUGUUUCUUCCAUAUUUGGAAGAUAAAUUAAGUGUAAUUUUGAAAUUUCUUUUGUAAAUCUAUACUGUCAACUAAAAUUAUUGAAAUGGGCUCACAAUUACUUGUAUCCAAAUGCUUGAAGAAAGCAUUGCUGCUAUGAAAAAAGAUUUCUAUUUUUAGAAAGGGUUUUUAUGGACCAAAAUGCCCCAGCUGCAGUCGGUCAGAGCUGUUGGUUUAUUUUUCUUUUCUUUUCUUUUUUUUUUUUUUCCUCUUUUAGUUUAAAAUCCAUCAUAUGUAAAACGGGCAUUAUUUAUGGUCUUGGGGUUUGAGGGAUUUUCAUUCCUGAUUGUAUGUAUUGUAAAGAUCUGUACAUUCAGUUGUAACUCUAGAUGUAUAUUUAAACUUACAGACUUACUUGUAAUGUAUACCAUCAUUGUAAUGUAAUAUAAUUAACAUGGUUAUAUGUAUCAUAUUUUUUGUGACCAGACCCAUAGGUUUGCAGUAAAAUCCUGAAAAUACUUCCAUAAACUCUGUCU